AUGGCUUUACAUCGAACGGAAGAGGCUUCCAGCCUUCCCAACCCACACCAACCGGCGACGGCUAGGAUGAAGUCGGCCCAGGCAACUAAGUUACCGAAGCCGAUGGAUGUGAGGGUUCCGAAUAAGGCCGACCAAGCAGGUGCAUACGCAUGGCCCGAACGAUUUUUUGUCAGAAGAAUACUGCCUAGGGACUGGGAGAAUGCCCCAUGGCUGAAAGCUAGGGUUGAAGACGUAGCACAGAGCUUGGAAGACCCUGAAGAAGAAGACUUGGUGCACUCUUUGCGGACUGAGGAGAACUGGUUUCCGGACAAGUUUCGAGUCGAUUCUCUCACCGAUAUUCUUCGAGGCGCUACAUUACGACAAUUGGAGAAAGGUGAUGAUGGGGUGCCGGAAACAAAAGUGGCCCUUCUUAUUGAUAGCAACAACAUCGACAGUGAUCCUGUCUUUCGACCCUUUCUCGGAAGCCUCUCAGCAAGAGAGUUCUUAAGAGAAGCGAUAAAACCGCGCUAUGCCGACGACGACCCAUCUGCUGACGGAAAUGACUUCAUCGAAGCGGAACGCAGAUUGAUCUACAUGGUUGACCUUGACGCCUGGGCCAUUCUUGCUCUCCUCGGUUCAUCACCAGAGUCCCUCUACAGGCAAGUGACCGAGUUCAUACACAACUAUCUCUUCGCCAGGUGCAACAUUGGUGUAUCCUUUGCUACGCAAGGGCCAGACACAUUUCUUCUUCACCUUUCGCUUCCGGUCCGAGCGUUCCGAACCACAAUCGAGCCGAAGAUUGACGAUCGGAAGAAUGCCUCCAAUGAGGAACCUCUCAGAUCAUCGACAGACAUCACAUUCUUGCGCAGACUCAGUGACGCAAGAUUUGAUGCUCUCCCCACCGAUGUCAUCUACUCGAGCCAUAUGAGUGCGAUGGUCACGGGCUAUGACCAACAUCGGUGGACUGGACUAGCCCUUCUUGAGAGCUGGUUUGAAGACUUGCUCGAUGAUCCUUCCCCAGACAUGAUGGCGCGCUAUGAAAACGACUUGCAGGAUGGACUAGUAUCCGACCCACUUUGUCGAGGAAGAAACGAUGCGACAAGGUCCGAAUGGGAGCCUCGCCACUACUUUAUAUGUGUGCUUGAGGUACGCCUCAACCACGUAUAUGGUGAAUGGAAUUCAACGUAUGUUCAUCUUGAGAGGAUCAUCAAAGCAGCACCAAAGAAACACGAGGAACUUCUUCGUCGCUUGAAAGAACUGUUGUCAGUCUCGUAUAGCUCCACGGCUCGCCGAGAAGCUCAGAGAGAGGCUGACGACUUCGAGACCAAUGUCAGCAAAGCUGAUGCAUUUCUAAGAGACCUUGCCCAAGUUCUCGAAGAAACACUCAGCAGUGCUUCAAUCUUUAUGAAAACCGAUGUGAACUACUUUCUCCAUCGGGAUGGCGGUGUUGGGGAUGUUUGGGACUGCUUGCUCCCUUUAUCCCAAAUUCGGAGAACACUGAACAAUCUCAGUCUGAUCCAUCAAAGACUCGGUGACCUGCAGAGAAUCUGCAAGUCAAUGAUCGAGGAUGGUAUCGCUGAGAGGAAGAAAUUCGUCCUGCAGCUGAAGAUGAACGGGAUCACUCAGCCAGUGGAACUGAGAGUUUUGUCUUGGACAACUAUCAUGUCUCAACCACUCCUGAACAUUGCUGCGGUUUUCAGCUGCGAUGGAAUCAUCACCUUCCCACGCACGUGGUACUAUUUCCUCUGCGGUUUCUUCCUUAUGGUAGCGGCGAUGGGAUCUAUCGUUGUGUCUUUGCUCAAACUGAUUGACUCGGGCGCUAGCUUGUUUCAAGGCCAAACCAGAGACAAGAGUCCUACGGAGAGAUCCGGCGACGGCUCACCAGAGCGACAAGUGGCGACUCCCGUCGACAUCAGCAACCCCUUGCCACCACGAAGGAGCACCUUUUGUACAAGCGGAAUGGGGCACUUCCAAAAACGACGCGGAGGUGAUAUCGGUCUUCUUGACUUACCGGGGCGAAGUAUGUUGGGACAACCGGCGGCAAUGGCACCAGGCCUUUCCAAGCCCCCUGCUGCUAUCUUAGCAACUCGUCACAGCUGCCCCGAACCUCUUGCCUCAGAAAGAUGA